CGGGGCCGUGAGGGGGGGGUGAGGUCAAUGCACUUCCGCUCGGGCCUUGACUCCCUCGUUCAGCCGACCAGCGCCGGAAAUCGCGUAGUACGCUGGGAUUUGUAUUCAUCUCCCUCGUGGCGGAUGGGCAGGAGCUUAUAUCCCGGGGUGGAGCUGGUAUUCUGGGAUAUGUAGUCUCUGCUUGUUCGUUGGUGUAAUUGGAGUCUGGCUGAAGAGCCAGGGGUUGAUACCAGACUCCGGCGGGUCACAUGAUUCCAGUCCAGAGCGUUGAUCGCACUGCGGCUUCGGCCUGGGAGAGUUCUCGCCUGCGCGCGGCCGUUGCCGAGGAGACGGCGCAAGUCUCGCCGCGCGUUGCCCCCUCUGCAGUCCCCCGCCCCUCUUCUCCCACCACAAUGAGAUCCUAAGAUGGCGGUGGCUGCGGCGGUUGGCGCCGACGAGCUAAAGUAGGAAAGGCAGCCAUUGGGCCGUAGGCAGCCAGGGAACUUGAGGACUCCCCUGCUGUGGUCUCUCAGGGAGGACCGCUGUCGGUGGCGGGUCGUGGGGGCUGGCCGCUACUCCGCCCUUGGCAGGAGCGGCUGCUUCGUUUACAGCAGGCAGCAGCUUUGAAGUGUGAAGCAGGAAAAGAGGUGUUUCUGAGCUGCAAAAACUUGUUUCUAACAGUCCUCUGACCUGUGCAUUUCCACACCCAAUGGAAAUCCAAAGUCUUCCACCAAAUAUGUAGAGAUCUUAGUUUCUCAUGAUCAUCUCUGCUUCUGAACCUCUGCUUCUACCAUUGGUGCUUCUGUUUCUCAUCUCUCUGACCCAGAAAGUUAAUUGUUAAAGCCAGUAUGGCCACAGGAGGGGGUCCUUUUGAAGAAGGUGUGAAUGACCAGGAUUUACCAAACUGGAGCAAUGAGAGUGCUGAUGACCGACUCAACAAUAUGGAUUGGGGUGGCCAACAGAAGAAGGCAAAUAGAUCAUCAGAAAAGAAUAAGAAAAAGUUUGGUGUAGAAAGUGAUAAGAGAGUGACAAAUGAUAUUUCUCCGGAGUCAUCACCAGGAGUUGGAAGGCGAAGGACAAAGACUCCACAUACGUUUCCACAUAGUAGAUAUAUGACUCAGAUGUCUGUUCCAGAGCAAGCCGAAUUAGAGAAACUUAAACAGCGGAUAAACUUCAGUGACUUAGAUCAGAGAAGCAUUGGAAGUGAUUCUCAAGGUAGAGCAACAGCUGCUAACAACAAACGUCAGCUUAGUGAGAACCGAAAGCCCUUCAACUUUUUGCCUAUGCAGAUUAAUACUAACAAGAGCAAAGAUGCUGCUACGAGUCCUCAGAAGAGAGAAGUGAUUGGAUCAGCACAAUGUAAAGAGUUGUUUGCUUCUGCUUUAAGUAAUGACCUUUUGCAAAACUGUCAAGUCUCUGAAGAAGAUGGGAGAGGAGAACCUGCAAUGGAGAGCAGCCAGAUUGUAAGCAGGCUGGUUCAAAUUCGUGACUAUAUUACUAAAGCUAGUUCCAUGCGGGAAGAUCUUGUAGAGAAAAAUGAAAGAUCUGCUAAUGUUGAGCGCCUUACUCAUCUAAUAGACCACCUUAAAGAACAAGAAAAGUCAUAUAUGAAAUUUCUCCAAAAAAUCCUUGCUAGAGAAAAUGAGGAGGAGGAUGUUCGGACUAUAGAUUCAGCUGUGGGAUCUGGUUCUGUAGCUGAGAGCACAUCGCUAAACAUAGAUGUGCAGUCUGAGGCUUCAGAUACCACGGAGGCAUCUUUUAGUCUGAGAAUUCGGCCGUGCAUUGAGGACAAACUAGGGAAUUCAGCUUCACAAGAACAGGUUUCAGACAUUGACGUUACUACAAGUCCAAAAGGGAAAGUUGACAGACCUCCUCAGAAUGACAGGGAACUGAGGCCUAAUAGGAAAUAUAGCCGAAAACGUGGAUUUCCCUCAAAGGCCAGAGAUCCUCAGCAGGAGCCUAUGGAAGAGAUAGAAAGUUUGAAGAAACAACAUGAUUUAUUAAAAAGGAUGUUACAGCAGCAGGAGCAACUGCGAGCUCUGCAGGGACGACAAGCUGCUCUUCUUGCUCUGCAGCAUAAAGCAGAGCAAGCGAUUGCUGUGAUGGAUGAUUCUGAAAAGAUUGCAGGGACAACUCCUGGCCAUCAUACUGUACCGUGCAGACAGCCAGCUCGCUCUCCUUUUCAUCAGAGAGCACCCUUAAGAGCUGUAACAGAAACUACUGGUAGCCUGUCUGGCGUCAGUAUCACAUCUGAACUAAAUGAAGAAUUGAAUGAUUUAAUUCAGCGUUUUCAUAAUCAGCUUCGUGAUUCUCAGCCUCCAGCUGUUCCAGACAAUAGAAGACAGGCAGAAAGUCUUUCAUUAACUAGGGAGGUUUCCCAGAGCAGGAAUCCAUCAGUGUCAGAACAUUUACCUGAUGAGAAAGUGCAACUUUUUAGCAAAAUGAAAGUAUUGCAGGAAAAGAAACAAAAAAUGGACAAACUGCUGGGAGAACUUCAUACACUUCGAGAUCAGCAUCUGAACAAUUCACCCUCUCCACAAAAGAGUGUGGAUCAAAGAAGUAUAAUUUCAGCUCCCUCUGCUCCUAUAGGCUUAGCACCAGUUGUCAAUGGAGAAUCCAAUAGCCUAACAUCAUCAGUUCCUUAUCCUGUUGCUUCUCUGGUUUCUCAGAAUGAAAGUGAAAAUGAAGGCCAUCUAAAUCCAACGGAAAAACUCCAGAAGUUAAAUGAAGUUCGAAAAAGAUUGAAUGAACUAAGAGAAUUAGUUCAUUAUUAUGAACAAACAUCAGAUAUGAUGACAGAUGCUGUAAAUGAAAAUACAAAAGAUGAAGAAACUGAAGAGUCAGAAUACGAUUCUGAGCAUGAAAAUUCUGAGCCUGUUAUUAACAUUCGAAAUCCACAAGUAGCUGCCACCUGGAAUGAAGUAAAUAGUAAUUCUAAUGCACAGUGUGUUUCUAAUAAUAGAGAUGGCAGAUCAGUUAAUUCUAAUUGUGAAAUUAACAACAGAUCUGCUGCCAACAUAAGGGCUUUAAACAUGCCUCCUUCUUUAGAUUGUCGAUAUAAUAGAGAAGGAGAACAGGGGAUUCAUGUUGCACAAGGUGAAGAUGAUGACGAGGAGGAGGAAGAAGAAGCAGAAGAUGAUGGAGUCAGUGGAGCUUCCUUAUCUAGUCAUAGGAGCAGUAUGGUUGACGAGGCUCCAGAAGAUGCUGAGUUUGAACAGAAGAUCAAUAGACUUAUGGCUGCAAAACAGAAACUUAGACAGUUACAAGAUCUUGUUGCUAUGGUACAGGAUGAUGAAGCAGCAGAUGAAGGCGUUAUCUCUGCCAGUACUUCAAAUUUGGAUGAUUUCUACCCAGCAGAAGAAGACACCAAACAGAAUGCAAAUAACUCUAGAGGAAAUGCCAAUAAAACACAGAAAGAUGCUGGAGUAAAUGAAAAGGCAAGAGAGAAAUUUUAUGAGGCUAAACUACAGCAACAACAGAGAGAGCUCAAACAAUUGCAGGAAGAAAGAAAAAAACUGAUUAAGAUUCAAGAGAAAAUCCAAGCUUUGCAAAAGGCAUGUCCUGACCUUCAGCUGUCAGCCACUGGUGUGGGUAAUUGUCCCACAAAAAAAUAUAUGCCAGCUGUUACUUCAACUCCAGCUGUUAAUGAAAAUGUAACCAAUACAAGCAAAUCUGUUUUUGAGCCUGAAGAUUGUUCAGUAGUAGAUAAUGAGUUGUGGUCAGAAAUGCAAAGACAUGAAAUGUUAAGGGAAGAGCUGCGGCAGAGAAGAAAGCAGCUUGAAGCUCUGAUGGCUGAACAUCAGAGGAGGCAAGGUCUAGCUGAAACUGUAUCACCAGUGGCUGUUUCACUGAGAAGUGAUGGAUCUGAGAACCUGUGUACUCCUCAACAAAGUAGAACAGAAAAAACAAUGGCAACUUGGGGAGGUUCUACCCAGUGUGCACUAGAUGAAGAAGGAGAUGAAGAUGGUUACCUUUCUGAAGGAAUUAUUCGGACAGAUGAAGAGGAAGAGGAAGAAGAGCAAGAUACCAAUUCAAAUGAUAACUUUUCUGUGUAUCCUCCUAACAGCGUGAAUCAUAACUCAUACAGUGUAAAGGAAACUAAUAAUAGGUGGAAGAACAGUCGCCCUUUUUCAGCAGAUGGAAAUUAUCGUCCUUUAGCCAAGACAAGACAACAGAAUAUCAGCAUGCAACGUCAGGAAAACCUUCGUUGGGUGUCGGAACUCUCUUAUGUAGAAGAGAAAGAACAAUGGCAAGAACAAAUCAAUCAGCUAAAGAAACAACUUGAUUUCAGUGUUAAUAUUUGUCAGACUUUGAUGCAAGACCAGCAGACUCUGUCUUGUCUGCUCCAAACUCUUCUCACGGGUCCUUACAGUGUUAUGCCCAGCAAUGUUGCAUCUCCUCAAGUACAUCUUAUAAUGCACCAGUUGAAUCAGUGCUAUGCUCAGCUAACAUGGCAACAGAAUAAUGUACAAAGGUUGAAACAAAUGCUAAAUGAACUUAUGCGCCAACAAAAUCAGCAUCCGGAAAAACAUGGAAGCAAGGAAAGAGGCAGUAGUAGUGCAUCACAACCUCCAUCACCCAGUUUAUUUUGUCCUUUGAGUUUUCCAGCACAGUCUGUAAAUCUUUUUAACAUACCUGCGUUUACUAAUUUUUCAUCAUUUGCACCAGGUAUGAAUUUCAGCCCUUUAUUUCCUUCUAAUUUUGGAGACUUUUCUCAGAAUAUUUCUACACCCACUGAACAGCAGCAACCAUUAGCCCAGAAUUCUUCAGGGAAAACAGAAUACAUGGCUUUUCCGAAACCUUUUGAAAGCAGUUCUUCUGUUGGAGCAGAAAAACAAAGGAAUCAAAAAGAGCCUGAAGAGGAGGUGGAAAACAGUAGGACACCAUGGUUAUAUGACCAAGAAGGUGAAGUAGAAAAACCGUUUAUCAAGACUGGAUUUGCGGUAUCUGUAGAGAAAACUACAAAUAGUAAUCGCAAGAAUCAAUUAGAUGCCAGUAGGAGAAGACGCCAGUUUGAUGAAGAGUCAUUAGAAAGCUUUAGCAGUAUGCCUGAUCCAGUGGAUCCAACAACAGUAACUAAAACAUUCAAGACAAGGAAAGCAUCUGCGCAGGCCAGCCUGGCAUCUAAGGAUAAAACUCCCAAGUCAAAGAAUAAGAAGAGACAUUCCACCCAGCUGAAGAGCAGAGCUAAAAAUAUGGGGUAUGAAAGUGCCAGUAUGUCUAGCACAUGUGAACCUUGCAAAAGUAGGAACAGACAUUCAGCCCAGACUGAAGAGCCUGUUCAAGCAAAAGUAUUCAGCAGAAAGAAUCAUGAGCAGCUGGAAAAAAUAAUAAAAUAUAGUAGGUCUACAGAAAUAUCUUCAGCACAUGCUAGGAGAAUACUACAGCAGUCUAACAGAAAUGCAUGCAAUGAAGCGCCAGAAACUGGAAGUGAUCUUUCCAUGUUUGAAGCUUUGAGGGAUACUAUUUAUUCUGAAGUAGCUACAUUAAUAUCUCAGAAUGAAUCUCGUCCACAUUUUCUUAUUGAACUUUUCCAUGAGCUUCAGCUUCUUAAUACCGACUACCUAAGACAGAGGGCAUUAUAUGCAUUACAGGACAUAGUAUGCAGACAUAUUUCUGAGAACCAUGAAAAAGAAGGGGAAAAUGUAAAAUCAGUGAAUUCUGGUACUUGGAUAGCAUCAAACUCAGAACUUACUCCCAGCGAAAGCCUUGCUACUACUGAUGAUGAAACAUUUGAGAAGAACUUUGAGAGAGAAACACAUAAAAUAAGUGAGCAAAAUGAUGCUGAUAAUGCUAGCGUCCUGUCUGUAUCUUCAAAUUUUGAGCCUUUUGCAACAGAUGAUCUAGGUAACACUGUGAUUCACUUAGACCAAGCACUAGUCAGAAUGAGGGAAUACGAGCGUAUGAAGACUGAGGCUGAAAGUAACACAAGUGUAAGAUGUACCUGUAGGAUUAUUGAGGAUGAAGAUGGUGCUGCUGCCACAACUACUGUUAGUAAUUUAGAAGAAACUCCUAUUAUUGAAAAUCAUAGUUCACAACAACCUAUAAGUGAAAUUUCUACCGUCCCAUGUCCUAGAAUUGAUACUCAGCAGCUGGACCGGCAAAUUAAAGCAAUUAUGAAAGAAGUCAUUCCUUUUUUGAAGGAGCACAUGGAUGAAGUAUGUUCUUCUCAACUUCUGACUUCAGUAAGACGCAUGGUGUUGACCCUGACCCAGCAAAAUGAUGAGAGCAAAGAGUUUGUAAAGUUCUUUCAUAAACAGCUUGGAAGUAUAUUACAGGAUUCACUGGCAAAAUUUGCUGGCAAAAAACUGAAAGACUGUGGAGAAGACCUUCUUGUAGAGAUAUCUGAAGUGUUGUUUAAUGAGUUGGCUUUCUUUAAGCUCAUGCAAGAUUUGGAUAAUAAUAGUAUGACAGUUAAACAGAGAUGCAAAAGGAAAAUAGAGGCAGCUGGAGUGAUACAGUCUUAUGCCAAAGAGGCCAAAAGGAUUCUUGAAGAGCAUGGCUCACCUGCUGGAGAAACUGAUGGCAAAGUCAAAGACAAGGAUGUGACUGAAACAGUUAAGCAGACUCAAACAUCUGAGUAUAAUGGUGAGAGUCCCAAAAAUGUGAGAUCUGAUGUUUCUGAUCAAGAGGAAGAUGAAGAAAGUGAAGAAUGUCCAGUGUCUAUUAAUUUGUCCAAAGCUGAAACUCAGGCUUUGACUAAUUAUGGAAGUGGAGAAGAUGAGAAUGAAGAUGAAGAAAUAGAAGAAUUUGAAGAGGGACCUGUAGAUGUCCAGACUUCACUUCAGGCUAACACUGAAAUUACAGAAGAAAAUGAACACGAUGAUCAGGUUCUACAACAGGACUUUGCAAAAUCAGCAGAAAGCAAAAAUGUCCUAUCAGAACAAGAACCCACUACUAGUAAAGACUUUCUUUUAAUGACAGAUGACCAAGAUAGCACCCCUGUGAAACCAUGUUACCUCAAUAUCUUGGAAAAUGAGCAACCUCCAAAUAGUACUGUCCAAAAGGACUCACUUACUACCAUUGAUUCAUCUAAACAACCUAACGCUUUGCCGUUACCUUUACCUGAAAUCGAAACCUUGGUGCCUAAAGUCAAAGAAGUUAAAUCUGCUCAGGAAACUCCUGAAAGCUCUCUGGCUGGAAGUCCUGAUACUGAAUCUCCAGUGUUAGUAAAUGCCUAUGAAGCAGAAUCUGGUAACAUAAGUCAAAAAUCUGAUGAAGAAGACUUUGUGAAAGUUGAAGAUUUACCACUUAAACUGACAAUAUAUUCAGAGGCAGAUCUAAGAAGUAAAAUGGUAGAAGAAGAACAGAAAAACCAUUUAUCUGGUGAAAUAUUAUGUGAAAUGCAGACUGAAGAAUUAGCUGGGAAUUCUCAGACACUAAAAGAACCUGAGACACUGGGAACCCAAAGCACAUGAGAUGUCUUCAGAGGCUCAUCUGACUCUCUCUACAUAGUCAAUGCAUAUAUGAAAAUGGUUCUAAAUAAACAUCUUUUGAUCUGUAUAAAAAUGUAAAUUAAUUCGACACUGCAUUUUUGGUAGGUGUGUUAAUUUCUGCCCAUGGCAGUUUAAAACACCAGAAACUACAUUCUAAACAAAUUCAGUCCUUGAUACACUGAGGGUUUUUUUCUUUCUUACUUUUUUUUUGGUCUUGAUUUUUUUAUCCCAUUGUGAUGUUUGGUAAUGUUAAAUUUAAAAUAUAGUUUUAAAUAAAGUUUGGACUUAUCUGUAAAGUA